CUUUGUAAAAAUGAAUCGUUGCUGGUCUCUUGUUUUUGAAGAUGAUCUAAGCAAAGCUGUGGAUAUGAAAGACAGUACAUCAACUGAGGUCUCCAUCCUCCACAAAGCAGCCAAGAUCCUCCGUCGUGACUAUCUCCACAUAAGGCAGGUUUUCACAGGCUCCUUUCCAAACGCAUGUGAAGCUGAAUCAAUUCCACCUACAUUGCGAACAUUCCUACACAUGCUUCUUGAUGGACCGUGUAUUGAUCAGCCACCUCCUGAAUCAGAGAAUUCCAAAGUUGCAACAUCCAUAGGGCAGCAGAUCAUAUUCAACUCUGUUGGAUGCAGAUCGAAGAAACCUGGGAGUGUUCCACGUCACAUCAGGGGGAGGGAAACACCAGCUUCGCUUUAUAUGGCUAUGAAAGUACAUCUUCAAUCUGGCCGUGAAUCUCUAAUUGAUGUUAUACAUCAAAGAGGACUGUGCAUCGCCUAUGACCGUUUGAGAGUACUGAGUACAGACAUUGCAAAUUCAGUCAUUGGUCACUGGGAGCAGGUUGGUGUGGUAGUGCCUCCUCAGGCUGUCAAGCAUGUCUUCACUACAGGUGGCUUUGACAAUAUUGACUACAACCCAUCCUCUACAACAGCAAAAUCAGCUCUCCAUGGAACAUGCAUCAGCAUUCACCAGCACUUCUCUUCAGACACACAAGAAGUUAAAAAUUUUACAGACAUCCUUAUUUUAACUGAGAUGGGGAAAAAAGUUGUAAGGUCUUUGCCAGCUAGCUACACGUCCAUGGAUCUGGAUGCCUCACUGCCAAAUGAUGAAGUGUUGCACGUUCCUGUUCUGAGGACCAACAGUCAUCUUUGUCCAGCUUCACGCUCUGUCACCAGUAUCAUUGAAGAAGGCUACGUGUGGCUGGAGCGAGUCAUAAGCCUUCUACCCAAACAGAACAUUAAAGCUGGUGAAUGGAUCUCAUGGGCUGCAUACUAUGCCAGCAUUACAGAACCACCAGUUACUCCCCCAGCCAAGUCAUACAUGCUGCCUCUGUUCACGGAAUUUCCUAACAGCCCAAUAAUGGUGUGGCAUGUCUCUCCAACUGAAUGGGGGUGGCAGCAAGAAUCGCCUGACUCAGUGCCAACUCCAGUCUACAUCACAAUUCCUACCAUUUCAGACAUGCCACAUCUUGUCACUUGCCAGUGCCAGUGCCGUGCUGUGUGCACAGGCAGCCCUGCAUGUUUCUCUGUAGAUGCCAGGGUUCUUGUUCCCAUACCCAUAUGA